AUGAAUGAUGAGGAUGUGCCCAUGGAGGACGAGAUAAUCGCCUCCACCGAAUUUAACAAUGGGCCCGCAGCCUACGCACCAGAGUUUGUAAUUCCGACUGAUGUUUUCGCAAACCCGAACAUAGCGCAUCUCCCAAAAAAUGCGCAAUUACCACCCCUUGAAAGUUCUUCGAUCGCACGUCCAACGUCACAUUAUGCGGAGAGUCGAUCAGACAAGAUGGACGUAGCACGAGCAACUCCCCAUCGACGUACUAGCCCUCAGGUGCGGAUACCACCGAAACCAAGAUCACAGGCCCUCCCAAUUGCAACCUUGAAAACAGGCCUGGUUUACGAUCCUCGCAUGCGGUUUCACGCGGAGAUCCCGAACAAUUCUACCAUAGACGACAUACAUCCUGAGGAUCCACGCCGCAUUCACUCGAUAUUUGAAGAGAUACGAGAAGCUGGGCUCGUGCGCGGUCCAGAGAGCUCGGAGAUCGAUGAUCCUGAUGAUCAUUGCUGGAGAAUAGGGAUUCGACCAGCGGAGAAGCACGAAAUCCUGACGAUUCAUACACCAGAGCAUUACGACUUUUUGACACUCGAGGCGCUAAAAAGGGAUUCCAUCUACUUUAACCACUCUACUUACGACUGCGCCCGAUUGGCAGCAGGCGGCGCUAUCGAAGCGUGCAAAGCUGUUGUGCAGGGAUCCGUGCGCAAUGCGAUUGCUAUCAUCCGACCACCAGGCCAUCACGCUGAGAGCGAUUCACCUUCCGGUUUUUGCAUUUUCAACAAUGUUCCUAUUGCAGCGCGCGUGUGCCAAGACGCAUAUCCGCAGACCUGUAGGAAGAUUCUGAUUCUCGACUGGGACGUACACCAUGGCAACGGUAUCCAACACGCGUUCUACCGCGAUCCGAAUGUGCUAUAUAUCUCAUUGCACGUCUUUCGUGGCGGCGACUUCUACCCCAACCUACCCGACGGCAACCUGACGUACUGUGGAGAGGGAGAUGGCAUUGGGAAGAACGUCAACAUACCCUGGGAAGAACACGGCAUGGGUGACGCCGAGUACUUGUACGCUUUCCAAGAAGUUGUAAUGCCAAUAGCUGGUGAGUUUGAUCCAGACCUGGUCAUUAUCUCAGCUGGAUUCGACGCUGCCGAGGGAGAUGUCCUCGGCGGCUGCUUCGUCACUCCAGCCUGCUACGGUCACAUGACACACAUGCUCUCGCGGUUAGCGAAAGGCAAAGUCGUCGUGUGUCUAGAGGGAGGCUACAACCUGCGCUCAAUUGCGCGCUCUGCGCUCGCGGUCACUAGGGUGUUGAUGCAAGAGCCCCCGGACCGACUGAGCGAGGACUUGCAGGCACCGAAAGCCACUGCUGUUCGUGUCAUCGAGCAAGUAAAGCGACAGCACUCGAAACACUGGAAAUGCUUGUAUCCAAAACAUCUCGACCGGACAGACCCAGGUUUCGCAGCUACAGAUGCAUUGCACAAUGUCAUUAGGCAAUGGCAAAGUCAACGACUUGCUUUAGAGCACGGCAUGACACCUCUGCCCUUACAAAUCAACUAUGCUGGGCUCUCACAGACUUUCGAGCACAACGUGAUCGCCACCCCAGACUUCAUGGAGCGAAAGCCGCUCCUCGUGAUCCUCCACGAUCCACCCAGCUUCCAAGACCAUCCAGACCCAGUCACUGGUCGACGAGAAUUGCACAACACCUGGCUUACUGAUGUAACCAAGAGCUACAUCGACUGGGCCAUAGAAAACGGCUUUUCUAUUAUCGAUGUGAACAUUCCUCAAUUUGUUGCUGUAGAGAGCGAAGAGUCGAACCUUGGCUUUACCAAAGCGGACGAUCAAAAGGUUCGGGCUGACAAGACGCGUGAAAUGGCCAACUACCUCUGGACCAACUACAUUGAACCCAACAACGCAACCCAAGUCUUCUUCAUGGGUAUAGGCGAUGCUUACCUCGGUUUGGUGGAUCUGCUAAGUCGCAAUGAAACCACCACGGACGAAUCAUCGAGGCUGGAACUUAUCAUAGGAUUCAUUGCUGAUUCAGCCAUAUCGUCUGUCAAGCGCAUUAAUACAGACGACGACAUUGGGCUAUGGUAUCACCAACACACCAAGAUUUUUGUUAAGCAAAGCCACUACGCCUUUAAUCGUAAUUUGACGAAGAAGCUGCGGAAAAAGCUGGGCGACCUCCAGCAAUCAGAUUGGAACACCUUGGACGAUAUGCUGGUCGGGCAUCGACAGGAGGUGAUAGAUCUGCUGUUGGAGAAGAAGAGCGAAUUUACAGACACAGAUGCUAACGGAUUGCGAGGUCUGCCACCUGUCGGUGUCUUUUCAAGUCCAGUGCCCAAGAGUCCGAGAAGCCCGAUGGGCUUCGGAAGGUCAUUUUGA